UUCCGGCGUUUUAGAGGCGGUCACUUUGGCGGUUUGCUGGGACUGAAGGCCGUUGCCGCAGGCUGGGGAUGGAAGUAACAGACGGUGAUGGCACAAUGAAAGGCUUUGUCCAGUGAACAGAGGCACUUUUAAGGUCGGGGAUAUCGCCGCCUACGAGGCCGGCAGGAGACAGCGGCGUCGGGGCCUCUCGCGACGCUCGGCUGUCCCCUCUCCGCCCCGCCCUGUGGGUCCGGGGGCGGCGGCCGCGCUGAGGGACCCGCCCCCGGGGAAACGCUCGUGCUCGGGCCUCCCAGCCCUCACCCGCCAGACACCGAGGCCCCGAGCGCGGGGCGCCUGCUCGCGUGCCUGCAGCCGGUCCAGGACGGUUUCCAUGGCUGCGGAAGUGCUUUUGGAACCUCCUCAGGGCCGUGUGACCUUUGAGGACGUGGCGCUGUACUUCUCCUGGGAGGAGUGGAAUCUCCUCGAUGAGGCUCAGAGAUGCCUGUACCAGGAUGUGAUGCUGGAGACCUUUGUGCUUGCAUCCUCCCUGGGUUGUUGGCCUAGAGCAGAAGAUAAGGAAGCAUCUUCUGAACAGAGCAUUUCUGUAGGAGUAUCACAGAUCAGGACUAUCAAGGCAGAUUCAUCUCCCCAGAAGGCCCAGGCCUUUGAGAUGUGUGGCCCACUCCUGAGAGAUAUCUUGCACCAAGGAACACAUCUUGGGCAGAAGCCGUACACGGAUGGGCAUCAGAAUUUCUCUGCCAAGCUUCAGCAGUACCAGGGACAGCACUUUAGAGAGAUACCCUUCAGAAGUUCUGUGCACAGAGCCUUGUUGGUAAAGAGCUGCACAACGCAUGUGUCAGGGAGAUCCUUUUCCUGUGGGGAGAUUGGCAACGACUUCUUAGCCAGUGUGGAAUUCUUCCAUCAACCAGUGACUCACACUGAAGAGACAAAGAAUAGUAAUGAGUGUGAGGCUGCCUUUCACGAUGGAAAAAGGCAUCAGAACUGGGGAGAAGGCAAUGAAGCCUUCAGUUACACAGAAACACUAGUUGAGGACCAAAGACUCCUCACUAGAGAAGUGCUUUAUGAGUGCAGCAAAUGUGGAAAAGCCUGUAGCCGAAGAUGUAACCUCAUUCAGCACCAGAAAGUCCACACUGGAGAAAGACCUUAUGAGUGCCAUGAAUGUGGAAAAUUGUUUACCUACCUCUCCAGUUUUAUUAUACAUCAGAGAGUUCAUACUGGAGAAAGGCCUUAUGAGUGCAGCGAAUGUGGGAAAUCCUUUAGCCAAAGCUACAGCCUCAAUAGCCAUAAGAAAGUUCACACGGGAGAAAAACCUUAUGAGUGCAGGGAAUGUGGGAAAUCUUUCAGUCAAAGAUCUAACCUUAUUCAGCAUCAGAGGGUUCACACAGGAGAGAAGCCUUAUGAGUGCAGUGAAUGUGGGAAAGCUUUCAGCCAAAACUUUAGCCUCAUUUACCACCGUAGAGUUCACACUGGAGAAAGGCCCCAUCAGUGCAGUGAAUGUGGAAAGUCCUUUAGCCGCAGCUCCAGCCUCAUUCACCACAGGAGACUUCAUACCGGAGAAAGGCCUUAUGAAUGCAGUAAAUGUGGUAAAUCCUUUAAGCAAAGCUCGAGCUUCAGUUCACAUCGGAAAGUCCACACAGGUGAAAGGCCUUAUGAAUGUGGAGACUGUGGAAAAUCAUUUAGCCAUAGCUCCAACCUUAAGAAUCACUGGAGAGUUCACACUGGAGAAAGGCCUAUCGAGUGCAGUGAAUGUGGAAAAUCGUUUAGCUGCAAAUCUAACCUAGUUAAACAUCUAAGAGUUCACACUGGAGAAAGGCCUUAUGAGUGUCGGGACUGUGGAAAAUCCUUUAGUCAAAGUUCCAGCCUCAUACAACACCAGAGAGUUCACACUAGAAAAAGGUCCUGAGUGCAGUCAAUGUGGGAUAAAUCCUUCAGUUGCAAGUAGGACCUCACUCAACACUAGAGACCUGACAGUAGUGAAAGGCCUUAGGUAUUCUGGCAUGUGCAAUUUGCUUCUAGUAUAAUUACACUGGAGGAGAGAAAUUAUGAGGGAGCCACCUAAUACACCUGAAAAUUCGCCAUGGGAGAUCCCCCUUAGGUCCUAGGUAUGUGAGAAUCCUUACGGACUGGCAUUAAGGACUGGCAUUAGACUUUUGUACAUGGGCUUUUGAUCUGGAUCCUUGCCAGAUUUACAUUACUGCCUGUUCUGUGGCAGUAUUCACUGCACCUCUACCUCCUGGCAGGUCCACACAGUCAAAAGUACCUUCCAACCUGCUCAGGGAAGCUGACCUGUCUCAUCCCCAUUUACCAGGGGAAGUAAUACGUGGUGUUAGCCGUGGGGUCCUCAUUCCCUUCUCAUUUCCAAAUGGAGGCAUGGACCUGACCCACUUUUGGCCCAGUGGACCCAAUCUGAGUUCUCUUGGUUGCUUGCCAGUAAAGACUGCAUUUUUAAGGACAUAUUAGUUUCUAGUGACGUGUAUUUUGGAUUUUCCCAGUGUCUAUGUCCCCAGUCUGGGAACUGCAUGCUGCAUAUUGCUUUCCAUUUUGCAAUAAUAAAGGCAUUAAUGCUUAACCCA